AUGUCGGCGGCUUUGCACACUACAGUCGAAACUGGUCUCGUUUUCCUUGGCAUUUGUAAUAAAAAUUUUGAUUUUCUUUAAUUGUCAUAUAAAUACUCAUAAAAUGCUCUCAACCGUUUUUAAACCUUUUCUUCACAUUGGAAAACGUAUUUUACUAUGGAUUUCAAAAAUUGAUUUUACUUUUUUGUACUUUACAUUAUGUUUGCUGAUGACACCUGUAUUCAUUUUUGAUGCUAUGCCGUAUUUUACCUCCAAAACUCUGUUUUCAGACGUCUGUUUUUCAAUCGGCCUACUGGGCACAUUUCUUUUCCAAUGCGGUGUCCGGAAGAGUAGUAUAAAAGGAUCGCAGCAACUGGAAGUCCGAAAAACUAGCAGUGCGACAGCCUCGGCUAGCCAGAGUAAAGGCACACCGACCGCGGAUUCCAAAGAUAAAGGACAAACCCAUGAACUUCAAGGGAAGAAUGGGAAGGAAAGUGGGGCAAAAGGCGGAGAACUCGGUAAAAACGAAACGAAAAACAAGGAUGGAAAGUUGGAGUUGGGGAAAAAAGAGUGAGUUCUGGACAGAUCGUAUCUACAAAAUACCAUAUUCCUAGUAUUUUUGAUAAUCUUUUAUCUCAAUUUUAAUGACUUUUCUCUGACCGUAUAUCUUCAUUUCCAUUGGCACUCGUCAAAAAUGUUACUUGAAUAUCUCACCUGUCUUUCUAAAUUUCGAAUCGAAACUUUCUGAAAUUAAAAUAGAGCCCUUGUAGAAUGUGAAGAAAAUCAAUUUUCGUUAUUAAAUUCAAGUCUGCGCAAGUUGUUUACUUCUAAAAUAAAGUCAAUUUUAGACUUACUGAGGACAAAAAAGAUUACAAUCCAAAAAUCGGAUUGAAAGGAGCUUAUUCCUUCAUUUAAAUGGCUACGGAAUUUUGUAGGUUAUGAAAAUAUGUUCAAGCACCACUUUCGAUGAUUACACAGCUUACUGUAGCACUUUUAAAUGGUCGCCGAAGUUUUAAAAAACUUUUUCUUUUAGCCGACCAAUCGAUCCAGAAGUGAUGGAAGAACAAGCUGAACAAGGAUCUGAUUUUGAGGCCAAAGGAGAACAGACCAGUAUUCUUACUUUGGGAAGGAAAAACAGCACUUCGAACAGUUGCAAAACCAUCGAUAAUCUUGAUUCUUUAGAGUAAGUAGUUUUAUAAAAUUUUAUUACUUUUUAACUAUUUAUAUUGUCAUUUUUAACAGAUUAAAAUUCAUUUUUAGGAAGAUUGAUUGUACACAAACCUCGGUCCCAGUCUCAGGUCUCUCCAAAAAAACCAAAGGCUCCAUCACACCUAAUAGGACAAGAGGCUCCACUUCCAGAACCAAAGGAUCCAAGCCUUCAACUCCAAAUUUGAAUAAAUGA